GGGGGGAAUGGCCCUUGAGUUGCCAAGGGAGCGAGAGCAAAAGCUAUUACCCGAACAUUUGUGAUUUGCAAGGAGAAUAGUGGCAAAUUUGGUGAUCCACCAAGUUGUUGUUGGGCUGUGUGGUUGCAAAACCACAUUCAACGUGGGACCGGGCCACAGUUCCGUUUAGACCUAAAGUGUCAAUCUUGGAUCAUUGUUGGAGCCUCUCUAAUCAACUCAUUGGGAUAUUGAUUGACCUUUUAGUUCGACUAGCAUAUCUUCAGGUGUUGUUGAAAGAGGUGCAUUGUCCGAGACAAAUCCCGACACAGACGAGGCUUUGCAAGGAUUUCCCUCGCCUCAACCCGAUCAAUAUGGUGUCUCUAACGUUGUUGUCUCCCAGUGGCGAAAGCGUUCCAAUCCCAUUUCCUCGUCCCAAGGCUGCUAAAGACCACGAGGACGAUGUCAGCAUGCCUCCACCCAAGAUGAAUAUCGUGGUUCCUUAUUCGGGCAAGUAUGACCGGACAAAGGAUUUGGAGGAUGUGGUUCACGAACCAUUGAUUCACGACAUUGACGAAUUUCUCAAGUCGAAAAAUGUUAAAGGCUGUACCAACAUCAGGCCAGAUAUUGGUCUCAGUGAUGAAGAGCUCAUGGUUACCACAACGAAGGAGCUCAACGAAAUCAUGAGGAAAAUGCAAAUCUCGCCGGCCCGAGCUAAGCGGAUUCGAUACGAACGACGAAUUCUAAGGGUGGUGGCUUCCAAUAAAUCUUUGGAGAACGAGCGACAUGAUCUCAAAUCAAGAGUUCAUGACCUGAGUCAAUCGUUGAAUUCGUCGGAAAAGCAAAUGGCGGAGUUGGAAGCUCGUCUUCAAUCGUUAAAAGACAUGGAGAAGCAGAACGAUGAGGAGAUCAUGAACCUCAUUCGGGAUGAGCCCGGUCUCAUUCAUGAAGUCAAACCCAUGUUUUGCAACUGUGACAGAACAGUCAAUUAUACCUGCGUGUACUGUUCGUUCGAAGCCUAAUUAAGUUCAAAAAGAGGCCUGAAGACAAAAAUGACCUUGCUUUUUCCUCGUACUUGUGAUUUGUAUGAUUCUGAUUUUGUGUUCCUUCCAAAAAGCCGAAUAGAUUGGUGAUAAAGUAGUACACGAAUUGAAUGCUU